AUAAUUUUAUCAUUAAACUUUUUAGUAUAUAAACUACAUUUAACAUUAGGAAAAUUAGUUCCAUUUUAUUUUUGAUAUAACUAAUAUCGUAUGGUAUCGAAAGACCUGAAAUUAGAAUGUUGAAAGUCUUAAUUAUGGUGGCUUUAUUAGCCCAAAAUAUAUAUCAAUCAAAUGCAGCUGCAGCGUGUCAAAACGGACAGUUGUAUCCACAUGAAUCUGAAUGUUCCAAAUUUUACCAAUGUGCUAAUGGGAAAUUAGAAGAAAUAAACUGUGCUGCGCCACUGGAGUUUAGUACACAAUCUCAAACGUGUACGUUUGCCGCUGAAUCUGGAUGUACCUUGAAUAAAGGAAACGGAGGAGAAACUGAUAACAAUCGAUGUGGUGGCAAUCCAUGUGAUGAUCCAACAACCAAACCUACGUGUUCUACAACAACCUCGCCGUGUUCUACAACAACCACAUCACCAUGUUCGACAACAACCACAACACCGUGUUCUACAACAACCACAUCACCAUGUUCGACAACAACCACAACACCGUGUUCUACAACAACCACAUCACCAUGUUCUACAACAACCACAUCACCAUGUUCUACAACAACCACAUCACCAUGUUCUACAACAACCACAUCACCAUGUUCUACUACAACCACAUCACCAUGUUCUACAACAACUUCAUCAUCGUGUUCCACAGCAACCCCACCGUGUCCAACAAGUCCUUCAACACCUCCACCACCCCCACCAUGCACAGAUCCACCAGCUGUCAGAAUUGCAAAUCCAUAUCCAGAAUGUCCUUUGGUAGCCGACAUACAUGUGGAUGUAUUAAAACCGUUACCUAAAUGUUGUCAAUUUGUUCAUUGUGAUAACUUUGGUGUUGGUCAUGUAAAAAAUUGUGCACCAAGUGAUCCACCAUUAGUAUUUAGCCCAUGCCAAAAUAGAUGUGUUUGGCCAUGGGAAGCUGGCAAUAUAACAUGUGAUCCUUGCACAUGUCAUCCUUAAAUUUUUGGAACCGUCAACAAUAUUCCGCACUUAAAUGGAACCAAGAAAAACAUACCGCGAUAGAAUAUAAAGGAUAUUGUAAAGCAAAAUAUUUUUAAAAUAAAAAUUGAUUUUAAACUA